AUGCAACACUAUGCAAACUACCAUUGGGGGGGCGAAUAUAUCCGGUGCAGCUUAUUAAAAACAUCCAACGAGAACCCCAACGAGAACCUCAACGAGAACCUCAACGAGAACCUCAACAUUGUCCCAACAGACGGAAAGAUGCAAGAGGACGUUCGUUCGCUAGAUGCAGCUCUAGCAGCCCUCGAGGGCAAAGUUUCCCGCACUAUAGGGACUAUCAAGAUGAUGCGAAAGCAAAAGAAGAAAUUGAAAACCACAUUGAAGGAGCAGCCAAAUAUCAACUCGACUCACCAUGAGGAUCUACACCCAUUACGCACAACCCUAGCAGCCUAUGAACAAAGGCUCGCUCGCACCCAGAAGACUAUGAAAAUGAUCCAAAAGCAAAAAAAGGAGAUGAUGAAGGAAAUCAAGGAGGCAAGUGAAAAUUGA